GGAAUUGGCGGGAAUAAAGCCGUCAGCUGCUGUCUGUGCACAGUAAUUUAUUUGUUGAAGGAAUUUCACAAGCGUUUUUAUACGACAUCGAAAAAGUUAUUAUUAAUAAUUGCAAAAAAUAACGAUUAAAUUUUGACCAACUACUCCAGGGACGCAGCCGCUGAACAAAAAAGAAAAACGCGCCCUAGGUAAAGCGUCACAUUUGUUGGAGCACCCGCGAGUACAGUUGCCGUUGUCAGUAUGGCUAAGGUUCACAUUACCAACGUUGUCGUGCUGGACAACCCAAGCAGUUUCUUCAAUCCGUUUCAGUUUGAGCUCACGUUUGAGUGCAUUGAGGAACUGAAAGAAGAUCUCGAGUGGAAAAUGAUUUACGUGGGUUCUGCCGAGUCCGAAGAGCAUGACCAGGUGUUGGACACCAUUUAUGUGGGUCCUGUGCCAGAAGGACGCCACAUAUUUGUCUUCCAAGCCGAUCCACCUGAUUUUACAAAAAUACCCGAACAAGAUGCUGUGGGCGUGACAAUAGUGUUGCUCACUUGCUCCUAUCGUGGCCAGGAAUUUGUGCGUGUCGGCUACUAUGUAAACAACGACUACGCUGAUCAGGAAAUGCGCGAGAAUCCUCCGCCAAAGCCACUCUUCGAUAAGCUAACGCGCAACAUUCUGGCCAGCAAGCCGCGUGUAACUCGAUUUAAAAUUAAUUGGGAUGACGGUAAUACAAACGGUAAUGCAAAUGGUCACGAGAAUGGCCAUGAUGAUGAAAUGUGUUAUGCCCAUGGAGAUGGGCCUUCCACUUCGGUGAACGUGCAGCACGACGCUGCCAUGGAUGAGAACAGUCUCGCCAUGCCUAUAGAGAAUGGCGUCAGGGCUUUGAACGAAAACUCCAAUUCCCUGGCCAUGGAAUGCUGAGAUAGAAGUCUACCUAGUAUACGCUCGCAACAAACACAUAAAACACAUCAGCAUAUGACCUGGCGCCUCUCCACACACUAUGUAAUGUAUGUAAUAUGAUGGCACGACACGGAUCACAUAAGGCCUUUAACUAUAUAUCCGAACUAUCAAUAUGUUAAAGGAAAACUCAAAUUCAAAUCGUAAAACACUUAAACACACAGGAACACAAUGGUCAUCCCCGUAUGCCUUGGCGGCCUCUUUCUCUCGCCAGUAAUUAAGCUAUGUAUGUAAUUUAAAUUCGCAGUUAAA